AUGAGCAAAAGCAAUCAACCAUAAGAAGACUUAGAAGAAUAAUACCUUCCAGAUUUUACUAAAUUAUCAAAUGCCUCAUUGCAAAAAUACAGAAUGUAUUACAAUAUAGAAUGUACUGAAGAAGAGCUUGUAGAGAAAGUUAAAAAACACUUCAAAUCCACCCUAGACAUAAAUUCGCUUUAGUUAUAUGAAAAGAUAUUCAAGUUGAAAAGAGAAGAAAGAGAAGAAUUAAAAAACAGGAAGACUUUAAGAACAAAGAAAGAAAUCUAAAAAUCUAAUUUUUGA